AUGUGGAUCGUCAACUGGUUCUACGAUGUCUUGGCCUCGCUUGGUCUGCUGAACAAGCAUGCUAAGCUUCUUUUCCUUGGUCUGGAUAAUGCCGGAAAGACUACCCUUCUCCACAUGUUGAAGAACGACCGUGUCGCCGUCCUCUCACCAACUGCCCACCCUACCUCCGAAGAACUGGCUAUUGGAAACAACCGUUUCACUACCUUCGAUCUGGGCGGUCACCAGCAAGCUCGCCGUCUGUGGAAAGACUACUUCCCCGAGGUUAGCGGUAUUGUCUUCCUUGUCGACGCUAAGGACUAUGAGCGUUUCCCCGAGUCAAAGGCUGAGCUUGAUGCUCUUCUGGCCAUGGAGGAUCUCGCUAAGGUCCCCUUCCUUGUUCUUGGAAACAAGAUCGAUCAUCCCGAUGCUGUGAGCGAGGAAGAGCUUCGUCAUCAGCUUGGUCUUUACCAGACUACUGGUAAGGGUAAGGUUCCUCUUGAGGGAAUCCGUCCUAUUGAGCUGUUUAUGUGCAGUGUUGUUAUGAGACAGGGUUACGGUGAGGGUAUCCGCUGGCUAUCCCAGUACGUUUAA